AUGGGUGUAUUCCAUACCCUCUUCGGCCUUGCCCUAUGGGCUAACGCUAUCCUUGCUGCUAUUACUGCCACAGAGUCGUCGAGCACCAUCAACAUCUCCAAUGGCAAGCUCUCCAUUGUAGUGUCGAAAAGCGCCGGGACAGUCAGUGGCAUCACCCUCGACGGCCAGGACCUGCUUGGCUCCGGCGGAAGGCUCUACCUCGACUGCCACUGCGAUGGCGGGUAUUGGAGCUCAGGGACAGGUACCCUCUACAAGGGGACCGACAGCGCCGGCACGGCCUGGGCUGGCGUGAAGCUGGGCAGCAACUUCGCCGACAAACACAUCAUGGAGACGUACUUCUUCCUCCGAGACGGUGAGACCGGUCUCCACUCGUUUGGCCGUGCUGCCUAUCCCAACGGUGGUGCUCUCGGAGAGAUGCGGUUCCUCUUCCGUCCGACCUCAACCAUCUGGAACCAACUCUCGUCGAGUAACGACAUGUGGUCCGUUAUCCCUACCGGCACCCGCGAGACGGUGCAGGAUACAACCUACUACGUCCCGGGCAGUGGUGUGAACGAGGUAUACCGCAAGCAAAUGUCGGACUAUUUCUCCAAGUACAUGUUCUCGGAGGACUGGGAGAACCACACCCACCACGGCAUGUUUGCUGAUGGGACGGGUACACGAGAUGGGAGUGUGUAUGGGGCUUGGCUUGUCAUGAACACCAAAGACACCUUCUACAAUGGGCCCAAGUGGUCCGAUCUGACUGUCGACGGCAUUGUGUACAAUUAUGUCGUCUCGAACCACCAUGGUAACGGAAAUCCCGAUCUUACAGGAGGGUUCGAUCGCACCUUUGGUCCGUCCUAUUACUAUUUCAACAAAGCUGCCAAGGGCACAUCGAUUCAGAGCCUCCGUGCUGACGCAGGAAAAUUCGCGGACCCGUCCUGGAAUGCGCAGUUUUAUGACUCCAUUGCUCAAUACGUCCCGGGCUACGUCCCAACUUCUGGCCGUGGUACUUGGCAAGGUCAAAUUACACUCCCAGCCGGUGUCUCCAAGGCCGUUGCCGUCCUUGCCAGCAACGGACUCAACUUUCAAGACAACAACUUCGACACGAAAUCAUACCAGUACUGGGGUUAUAUCGGAUCCAACGGUGCCAUAACACUACCUCGUGUCAAGGCUGGAACAUACCGCUUGACAGUCUACGGAGACGGAGUCUUCGGGCAGUACACACAGGACGGCGUGGUCGUGCAAGCAGGCGGAACAACAAAAACGUCCGCAACCUGGGUCCCCGAGUCCGCCGGCACCGAGCUGUGGCGCAUCGGCACGCCCGACCGGAGCUGCGGCGAGUUCCGGCACGGCAGCGCGAGGGACACGACGCGCACCAACGCGCCGAACCAGUACCGCCUCUACUGGGCAGUUCACGAUUUCCCGAAGGACUUCCCCGACGGCGUCAACUUCCACGUGGGCAGGAGCAACAUCGCCACCGACUUCAAUUACAUGCACUGGAGCGUGUUUGGCGGCAAGGCCAACACCAUCCGCCCCGAUCCGUACUACACCAAUGUUAACAACUGGACCGUCACUUUUGACACGACCGCCGAGGCCCUUGCGGGCAAGACAAAGGCUACCUUCACGAUCCAGCUUGCCGGCGUCAAGACGUCCGCUGGCAACACCGAUAGCGACAGUAAGCCCUUUGGCAAUCUGCCGUAUACUGUGGUCUUCAACGGCAAGGCUCUUCCUGUUUGGACUAUCUCAUCGAAGCAGAGCAGUUCGUGCGGUGCUCGGUCGUCAGAUUCGUGCUAUGUCACCGGUAACAAGUGGACAUUUGAUGCUAGCAUAUUGAAGGCGGGUCUUAAUACUAUUGUGCUUUCUCUUCCUGCACGAGCUACAGCGCCUGAAGAUGCAGUUCUUCCUGAGAGCACUUAUUUGCAAUAUGAUGCCUUGCGGCUGGAGCUGGCUUAG